CACAGUGAGUCAGCCUGGCUCUGCUUCCUCUGGAGGGGCCCCUGAAAGAUCCUCUCCUAAUCAAUGACUUUUCCUUCUAUUUUUCUUAUAUUUUGGGGGGAAGUGAAUAACCUACUUUCAGUGUGGCUCUGCCUCUACCCGCCCAUUCAGACUAUGCACCAUUUUACGCAGCUUUGUUGUUUCCAUUUUUAUGGCACGGUGAAAUAGCCUAUCGAUUGUCCUAUUUCAACUUUGCUCAAGAUUGGAUUCUUUUUCUCUCUCUCUCUCUCUCUGAAGCCGGGGCUGGGCAUCUUCUUCUUCUCCUCCUCCUGUGGGGUCGCUGAAGUGGGGGAAUCGCAGGUCGGAGUGCGCAAAGCAAAAAAAAAAAUAAAAAAAAUUACGCAGUUUUUCCAGACGGCGCGCAGGUGGAGACGAAAGAAGGAAGCAGGACGCACGGACGGAACGGGGAUUUUUCUCUCAGAUUUAUAUUUUUUCCUCCCUCCACGUUACAGGAACGGUCUUUUCUCCCUCUUCCUCCCUUCUCGUCACCUUCUAAACAUCGGCUCGAUCUGGUGCAACCCACCCGGGUGUUUUUCCCCCUCUCCCUCCUCUCUCAUCCUCUACGACAAAAAGUUUGACUGUUAAAAAAUGAUGCUGCGCUCCGCUGCUGCUUUUUCACGCACUGCUGUGGAUUCCUGCGUCCGCGCAAGUGGCCAGUCACCACUUGAGAAAUAGCUGCGAUUCUUCUCUUUUUGUAUUCCCUUUUUUCUUUUUUUUUCCUCAAAAUUUGCGGUGCCAAUUUCCAACAAACAGAGGGCUUUUUAUUCCCCCCCACCCACCCCCUUCCUUUGCACAUCCUCAUCCUCAUCACCGCUCGCCCCGGGAUUGCAUCUAUUUGAAUUCAUCUCCAUUAUGGACUUCCUCGGACUGUACUUUUUGCAGCUGGCUCUCAUCGGAGUCCCACGUCUGGCUUUGUCUGUCGGUGGGAGGGACUGCCUUCGCGCCGGAGACACCUGCUCCAGCGACGACACCUGCAGCCCGCGACUGCGCACCCUCAGGCAGUGCGUGGCCGGGGACGGCAGCGUGAAGCUGGGGCCCGGGGCGAGGAACCAGUGCGAGAACGCCAUGACGGCCCUGCUGUCCACCCCUCUGCACGGCUGCCAGUGUAAACGAGGCAUGAAGAAGGAGAAGAACUGCCUGAGCAUCUACUGGAGCCUGCACCAGUCCGUGCUGCACGGACUGAGCCUGGUGGAGGAUUACCCGUACGAACCGGAGGAGAGGGGCUCCGACUACGUUCGUCUGGCCUCCAUCGCUGCAGAGUCAGAAGUAACAACAGUGAACCGCUGCCUGGAUGCUGCCAAGGCCUGCAACAUAGAUGAGACAUGUCAGAAGCUUCGUACGGAGUAUGUCUCGGCCUGCAUCCAGCCAUCAGCCCGCUCGGGGCCAUGUAACCGACCGAAGUGCAACAAGGCGCUGAGGAAGUUCUUUGACCGUGUUCCCCCUGACUACACCCAUGAGCUGCUGUUUUGUCCCUGCACUGACACGGCCUGCGCAGAGCGCCGCAGGCAAACCAUCGUCCCGUCCUGCUCCUACGAAGACAAAGACAAGCCCAACUGCCUGGCUCAGCUGCGGAUCUGCAAGGCGGACUACGUGUGCAGGUCUCGCUGGGCACAGUUCCAUUAUGAUUGCCAGCCCUCGGAGCAGAGCACCAGUGGCUGCAAGCAGGAGAACUACGGAGCAUGUCUACUUGCAUACACCGGCCUGAUAGGAAGCACAAUAACUCCCAACUACCUUGACAACUCCACAUCCAACGUGGGACCCUGGUGCUCCUGUGCAGCGAGCGGCAACCACAGGGAACAAUGCAGCGACUUCCUCACCUUUUUCCACGACAACAUCUGUCUGAAAAACGCCAUCCUGGCCUUUGGAAACGGAUCGGAUGUGAAGACAGGAGCCAGCCAGCCCGGGAUGCCCAGUCCAGCAACCGACAACCAGAGCCCACACUUGGCAACCACCGCCCCGGGCGUCUCUAUGGAAACAGAGCAGAACAUUCUGCGAGCACAGAUACCUACUCAGGUAAACGAGAAUGACAGAUUGUGGGGCGAUGAAAGCGACUCUACUCUUCCCUCUCCGGGCCUUUCAGACAGCGGAACCGAGCCCGUCUGCCUCUCCCUGCUGCUGGGCCUUGGCUGGCUGCUGCUGGCGCUGCUCUCCGACCCGUAAGAGGCCUCGCUUACCAGGCCUCCAUGGACAAAACUACAAAAGCCGGGAGGGUUGGGGGGAAGGGUUUGGGGCGCGAGAGAGAAAACAGCCAUUUAUGUGUCAGAUGACGGUGGGGGAAAGGGUCCACUCUGUCCUGCCCCACUCCCCUCUCCCUCUUUGUCACAGGAAUCACACUUUUCUCUUUUUUGUGAAUCAUGACUCAGAGCAGAUGUGUUGUUGCAGCCCAUGCCCUUCAAGAGGACCAGCAGAGAGGGGGAAGAAAAAACAGGAACACACCUCAUUUCCUGCUUCACGCCUGCCCAAACUUUUACACACAAUUCACAGCACACACACCACGCAGACUUUGCUCAUCCGAAAAAUAACGUCCAAAGGGCCAGUGGGUUCAGAAGGUGUACAGAGACAAGACACUGAGGAUGCAGUGCAGGAAAAACUCUAAAAAAUAUAUAUAAAACAAAAAAAAGAUUUUUUUUUUUUGUCCUUGAACAUUCCUUGAUGUAAAAGAAAAAUAUUAAAUGUUAAGACCUUUCUCUCAGAUGAACUGUGAUUGAAGUGUUACACGAGAUUUAAGCCAGAAUGUGUGUGUUCGUCCACAUGCAGCACUCCGCCCAUCCGGCUUUGCUCUUUACUUUGACGCCACGUUUUACGUUUUUAAUUGACGAUUUUGUUACCCAAAAAAAGGACCCAUUAGAUGGAAGCACAUGUUCUAAUCCAGUCAAAUCACAGUGGAAUUCUUUGACUGUUUGUUGUUGUGUUUUCAGUUGCAGCUAUGAAGAGUUCAUUUCCAAAACAAAGAAUAAUAAAGAUGAAAUUAAGUUGAAAAUGAUCUCAAAUAAGAUCUGUAAAGGUGUUUUAAAUUGUCAAACAAUUUACCUACAUUACUCAAUAACCUUCAACACACUAAGUUUUUAAUUUAACGCUAGAAAUCAUUGGGUAUGAGCAGAUGUCACUUUUUGGAACCGGUGGAUACCUCACUUUGGAAGGGGACUCUUCAUGAAUUCAUUCAUUAAGCUUUAAGUGUGAGGACCUGACAAAUAAUUUGGGUCUGUUCGUCUACGAAACUGUACAAAAAAAUAAAUUAAAAAACGUGAUUUUGGUGAAGCAGCAAAGACACGGAGCUAAGUUUAUAUUUUUAAAUGUACGUGGACUUCGCCGCAGAGGAAAUCUAUCGACGAGCUUGUGACCAAUCAUCCUUUGCCAAUGGAUUAAAACUAGCGGGACGAGGACUGAUUGGAUAGAUUUAGCGAUGCCUUCUGGGACUCUUUGGUCAACGUUGGACGUGGAAGUAUUUCUAAUAAAAGCACAGCUCUGCUUGGAGCGGAAAGUGUUUAAGAGUUAAAUUGUUCUUCAGCAAUCUUCAGUACUGCCCUGGAAUUCAGUUAGUCUCACUCUGCAUCGUUAAAUGACACAACAUAUGCCGAUUUUAACACCGGGAAAACGUGUUGCUCCGAGCUGCAUUCAGAACUGAUGAGAAUGACACAUCCGAGUUGGACCUAAUGAAAGCAAACACUGUAAACUCCUGAUACUGUUGCAAGAGCACAAGAGAUCCAUUCUGCCUGCCAAGUUCUACAGCAAGGAAACAACUGUUCGUUCUUCCUCAGUGAUGCCCCCGUUGUUCUGAGACGAGACCUGAAAUGUGUUUUAGCAGGUGUUUAAGGACCUAAAAUAACUCAACUUCUGUCCUACAGGGCCAGUUCACUCACAUCACAGAUAUUCUCUCAUUUGCCUACAGUGUUACCUAGUCAUGUAGAUAUUUUUGGUUUUCUUUGUCCAGGUUUCAACAGAUUGUUCUGAGAUAACUGCUGCCAUCCAAAUAUAAUAAAGGCAAAUGACAUUUUC